UUGUAGUAAAGAUCUUAGUAGUCGACGACGAAGUGCGAAGAGGCCAACGUUGUUCAAAGUCUCUCUUGUUCUCUUUUUCUUUGUCUCUUUCUCUCUCUCUUCUCGUGUUUUUCAUUUUUCUGUCUAUUCUCGACGGACAAUCCUUCUCUGAUUUCAGUAAUCAAUUCUCCUCCUCUCAUUCUCAUUCACUAUCCAUAUUAAAUCAUGAAUCCAAUGGGUGGUAUGGGUGGCCAUGCGGAGGCACCACGGAGGGCCCAUCUUUACGUUGGGAAUCUUAGUCCAAGAGUAACCGAGUACAUGCUCACAGAGAUCUUUGCCGUUGCCGGUGCAGUUCAACACGUCAAAAUCAUCCCUGACCGCAACUACCAGCAUGGUGGUCUCAACUACGGUUUCGUCGAGUACAUCGACAUGCGCGCAGCGGAAACUGCCCUUCAAACCCUUAACGGACGCAAGAUCUUCGACACCGAGAUUCGCGUUAAUUGGGCCUAUCAAGGCCAGCAAAAUAAGGAGGACACCACCGGUCACUAUCACGUUUUCGUCGGUGACCUCAGCCCAGAAGUCAACGAUGAGGUCCUCGGCAAGGCUUUCAACGCGUUCUGCACAAUGUCCGAUGCUCGUGUGAUGUGGGACAUGAACUCGGGAAAAUCUCGCGGUUAUGGUUUCCUUGCGUUCAGGGAUAAGACCGAUGCAGAGCAGGCCAUCGCGACUAUGAAUGGCGAAUGGCUUGGCUCGCGUGCUAUCCGUGUCAACUGGGCCAAUCAGAAGACUCAAGGAGGGCUGCCUGCUCCUCCACGCCCCGGAGGCAGCGUCGGCACCGCACCCGCCCCCAUUAACUUCCAGGGUGGGCCCCUCUCUUAUGAAUCCGUCGUUCAACAGACUCCUUCGUAUAACUCCACCGUCUACGUCGGAAACCUCGUCCCGUACUGCACCCAAGCAGAUCUCAUCCCACUGUUCCAAUCUAUCGGGUACCUCUCGGAGAUUCGCAUGCAGGCAGAUCGCGGAUUUGCAUUCGUCAAGCUCGAUACGCACGAGCACGCUGCCAUGGCUAUUGUGCAGCUGCAAGGACAGAUGGUCCACGGCCGUCCCAUCAAGUGCAGUUGGGGCAAAGACCGGGCUGAUGGGACUCCUGCGCAGCCCGGAGCGCCGCUCAGCCCGACGACUCCAGCAGCUCCUUAUGGAAACAUGCCCAUGUAUGGGAUACCGCAGCCUAAUACUUAUGGCCAGUAUGGGUUUGGCGGAUACGGUGGUUUCCCUAACCAAGGUGGUGCUGGUGGGUCCCCGACGCCUGGCAUGCCUCAGCCUACUCCUGGUGCCGUCGGUUCUGGCCUUGGCGGUGCAGGAGCUGGUGGUGCGGACCCCUCUGCUGUUGGUGCUGGUGGUGCUGGUGCUGGCGCUCAAUGGCCCACUGGAGAUGCUGCUGCUAGCUACUAUGCUAAUUACUGGGGUGGAUAUUACGGUCAGCAAGGACAAGGCGCCGAGGGCCAGGGUGCUUAAAGAAUCCUUGUUUGCUCCAUAUUUUAUUCUUCCCAUUCAUCAUCGAUAACGUGCUCGUGCCUCUCGAAUGUAGCCUGCGAACAUCGUCCAUUCAAGCCAAAGUGUUUUUUUUUCCCUCGUCUCACCAAAAUUGUGAAAGAUGUGCUUUUGUAUGGUGACUUCAUCCAAGAACAAACAGUAUUAUCCUUGUUUUUCGCCUCAUCAUUUUGUUAUUAACUGGUUCCAAUUAUUCGUCUCCUUCCUGCGUCUCCUGCUAAUGAAGUAUUUCAUCUGUCUCUUGUUCUUU